AUCCCAGUUUGUGCCACCCUUGGUCGUGCUGGGCUGCGUGCCGGCACGUGCGCGGUGCGCCGAGGCGCGCGUGUUACUCCUCCUGUCACAGACUCGUCCGUCGCGCCGCAGGACAACUUCCCUCUCUGGCCGUGGAAAAGACAGUGCCGAUCGGAGCCGCCGCGUUCGUUCGGUUCUUUGGCAACAACGGCAAUCAACGACAAUCAACGACAAUCAUCCCCCCAGAAAUCCCCUUUCUCCGACGCUCGGAAGCUCGAAAGAUUAUUCUCGCUUCUCGCACGAGAAGGAAGGAUAACACGUGUAUAAGAAGAGUCACCAUUCACGAGUCACGGCGCUCGCGACACACGUGUCGAUUUUCUACGCAAAUAUAUACGAGGCGUGCAUUAUCGUCGUUAUCGCUUGGCGAACGAAGCUGACAGGAAGUGCGGUCUCGGCCGUGGCUGAUUUCCGCGCCGAUUGCGACGGAGCUGACGUCGCGGAACCGAUCGCGGUCGCCUGCUCACGAAAACACGACGAGCGAAUCAAUGUCACGUUGUGAGUCGGAACCGGGAGCGCCGACCAGCUAGCACACGACCUUUAUCCUUCAUCAUCGUCCGGAGUCUUCUGCGACGUGUCCGGGGGAAGAAGUGACACACCGAGGACCAAUCAGCCUCGGCAUUCUUGAAGACGGAUUCCUAGGAGCAACGUGCGAACCGGGAGCAUCUGGGUUCUUCUUGCAACAGAAGAGUAAAAACGACAAUCGACCAGGCCCUACUGACGCAAGUUGGCGAAUUGCCCGAUCUUGGUGAUCUGGGCAUGGUCUUAAUUGCGACGGCGGGGCGAUGACGCUCAAUCACCGUCCAUCAUUAUCAGCAGGGGUCCCUCAGGACUCGCCCAGCUUCCUGCUCCCGGUUUCGGUCCCGAAUCUAAUCUCUGACAACGAUUCUCGCUAUCUAGCGAGGAACGUCGUGAAAACGCGCGCGACUGUUGCAGUCAGGAGGCGGUAUGAGAGACCGUUCUCAUCAUUACCGAGAUCAUCACGGACACGCCAUGCCCCUGGAGGAGGUUCAGGGAUUAUUACUUCCACCCUCCAGGACAGGUAACCGGGGACCUCUGAAUGUGACGAUUGUACAGGUCGGUAGAGGAAAUGGAAGCGGUGGAGAUGGCGGAAGUGAUUUACUGAGAUUGGAGCCGCCGUCGGAUUUAAGACCGUCGCCCCUAUCUGACACCAGUACUACCUUGCAGUCUGACAACAAUGACACCUUGACCGGAGGUGUUGACCCAAGACUGUUGCUGGGAACCGGUGGUGAUCGCACCUGGGAAGGUCGUUACCACGUGAAGGAACAUCGACGUGCUGGAAAAGCUACUUUUCAAGGUCAAGUUUACAACUUUCUGGAACGUCCCACCGGUUGGAAGUGCUUCCUGUACCACUUCUCUGUGUAA